AUUGACGGCCGAUUGCAAAAUGAACAAGCUCGCUAUUGCCCUUUUUCAUGCGCUUUUAGUUUUCUUUUUCUCUCCGAAGUCCAGCGAUGGACAAGGAUUGAGACCUCAACCGAUAAAUAUCGCUCAAGGGAAGAAAAUCGAAGCAACUGCAACAUGUGGGGAAGAUGUCAGCGAGCCAGAACUCUUCUGCAAACUGGCCACUGUACCCGGGAAGCUGGGCAUUCUAGGGUUGUCCUGCGAUCACUGCGAACCAGAUACGUUUACCAAGGAUCACUCGAUCAAAAAUGCCAUCGAUGGAACGGAGAGAUGGUGGCAAUCUCCUCCGCUGUCCCGCGGCCUACAGUACCAAAAAGUAAACAUCACGAUUGAUCUAGGACAGGAAUACCAAGUAGCCUAUGUUAUAGUAAAAGCUGGCAAUGCUCCACGCCCAGGUACAUGGGCCUUAGAGAAAUCUGUUGAUGGUGGAAGAACAUUCACCCCAUGGCAGUACUUUGCUACUACUAACAGUGAUUGUCUGUCGUACUUUGGAAGCUCAGCACUGUUGCAGUCAUUUAAAGAUGAUACCACGGUCACUUGUACAACAAGCUACUCUCAGGUUCCACCUUUUGAAAACGGGGAGAUCCAUAUUUCAUUAAUUAAUGGAAGGCCAGGAGCAGCAAACUUUUCUUACAGUCAGGCAUUACAGGAGUGGACUCGUGCUACUCACAUAAGACUCAGGCUGUUAAAAGUGAAGACUUUGUUAGCUGAUCUGUUACCACUGGCAAGGAAAGAUCCAUCAGUUACUAGAAGGUAUUUCUACUCAAUAAAGGAUAUUUCAGUUGGGGGAAUUUGUAUGUGUAAUGGCCAUGCUGAUGAAUGUAUUCAAACUGCAGAAGACUCACAGUUCAGAUGCAAAUGUAAACACCAGACAUGUGGCAUCAAAUGUGAAGAAUGCUGUCUAGGAUUUGUGCAGAAGAAAUGGAGACCUGGAACUGCAGAAAGUAGCAAUGAGUGUGAAGCCUGUAACUGCCACAACCAUGCAUCUGACUGUUAUUAUAGUGAGGAAAUAGAUCAGCAAAAGGGAAGUUUGGAUAUGAAUGGGAACUAUGAGGGUGGAGGAGUGUGCAUCAACUGUCAGGAUAACACGGCUGGAAUUAACUGCGAACAAUGUAAAGCAGGAUACUAUCGACCAGUAGAUAAGGCUAAGACAGAUCGUGAUGCUUGUAAAGCUUGUACAUGCGACAGAAGGUUUUCCACUGGUCAAUGUUUUGAUGGUGAUGGGCGGUGCCAGUGUCUUGAUAACUACAGUGGACCUAAUUGUACUCAGUGUAAUGAGGGAUUUUAUGGAUUCCCCAAUUGCAAACCUUGUGACUGCCAUCCAUUGGGUACAAGUGGACGUGUGUGUGGCCCAACAGGUGAUCAGUGUCCAUGUAAACCAAACUACACAGGAGCUAAAUGUGAUCAGUGUGCUCAAGGCUAUUAUGGCUUCCCAAACUGCAGCCGAUGCAACUGUGAUGGGUUAGGGUCACAUUCAAGCGACUGUGAUAUCAGAGAUGGACAGUGCAGAUGUCGUCAAAUGUAUACAUCCAGACAGUGUAAUCAGUGCAGUAAGGGCUUCUACAGCUUUCCUGAAUGCAAAGUUUGUGACUGUGAUGCUGAGGGUACUGCCAGAGAUAUCUGUAAUCCCAACACUGGAGCUUGUAUUUGUAUGGAGAACUAUGCAGGCCCUCGCUGUGAUGUUUGUAAUGAAGGAUACUACAAUUUUCCAAGGUGUUCAGACUGUGGUUGUUCAAGAGAAGGCUCACUUUUAUUAGCAUGUGACCAGCAGGGAAGGUGUGCAUGCAAAGACAACUACGAUGGACCAAAGUGUAGUCGUUGCGGUGUUGGAUUCUACAGCUACCCAAGAUGUGUCAAAUGUUCUUGUGAUCUUCGAGGUUCAGUUCAUGAGUUUUGCGAGCCAACCACAGGACAGUGCCAGUGUAAAGGAUCUUUCCGUGGUAUAAACUGCAAUCGCUGCCGCAGUGGGUUUUAUGGAUUUCCUGACUGUCAAGCCUGUCAAUGCAAUCCAGCAGGAAUUAAACCACUUCCUGAUGGACAGGCAGUAGACUGCUCCUUAUCAAACGAGGGUCAAUGUGACUGCAAGGAUAACGUGCAAGGUCUUGCAUGCACAGAGUGUAAAGAUGGCUACUACUUCCUUGAUAGCAAUAAUCCUCUAGGCUGUGAUAACUGUGAGUGCAAUAUGGAUGGUGUGAUUGGUGGCCUUCGCAUUUGUGACAAGGAAACAGGACAGUGUCCUUGUAAGCUUUUUGUUGCAGGCAGGAAGUGCACUCGAUGCAAACCAGGGUUUUAUGGUCUGGAAGGCCGUAAAGUGUUUGGCUGUACAGGUUGUGACUGUGAUGUUGGAGGAGCAUAUGACCAGUUUUGUGAUGUCAGCUCAGGGCAGUGUAAUUGUCGAGUUAAUGUUGAUGGGAGAGACUGUAGCCGGCCAGCCUCUCAGCAUUAUUAUCCAACUUUGCUACAAAUCAAGGCUGAGAUGGAGGAUGGAAUGGCACUCCCUACUAAAUCAACCUCAGACCAAGAUGUCCUCUCUCCAGACGUGUCAAUAUCAGAUGAUGGUCGACCUGCUAGAUUUGGUUUUGAUGAAAGUGUGUUUCCUGGCUUCUCUUGGAGGGGAUAUGCCACCAUGUCUGAUAUCCAGAGAGCAAUAAAAGUAACUCUGGACAUUCCAAAGACAACUCGUUACCACAUCAUAUUUUACUCCAUUACAAAUGGAAGUUCACCUGUAACUGGUGAGGUGAUGCUGACACCUAAAGGAGGUGAAGGAAGCAAACAAAGCAGCAAGGUCACAUUUCCAGUCAAGCAGGUUGGCUCAGCAAAUAUUGCCACUCAUCAUACUGUUGGAGAGAAAGAAAAGGCUACUCAGUUCAUGUUGACCAAAGGGAAAUGGGAUUUGAUUCUGGCUCUUCCACCAGCAAGUGUUCUCCUGGAUUACGUUGUUGCUUUACCACAAGUAUACUAUGAAGCAUACCAACUGGAAGAGAAAGUCACCAAACCUUGCCAAGUGAAUGGUAUCAAUACUUUAUGUAACCAGUUCUCAUACCUGAGCACAAAAGCACCAGGCUUUUUCACAACAGAAUUGGAAACAGGAUAUAUUGUUACUAGUCGUGGAGUGAGACCCACACAGCUGUUUAGAGAUGAAAAAGUCCUGCAACAGUUGGAUUUCAGUGCCAUGGCUAAUCUAGAUAACCAACAGACCCGUGUUACAGCAGAAUUUCGCAUCCGUAAAAUUGGUAAAUAUGUCCUAGUUCUGCAGUAUUACUAUCCUAAUGACAAGAAGAUCAAGUUAAAUGUUUACUUGAGGUAUCAGGCAGGAUCACAGAGAGGAGAGUUCAACCUUCAGAAAUGUAACUACAGGUUUGGCUGCCGUCAAGUAGCUGUGGAUAACACUGGAGCUGUCAAAGUGUUUGAUGUUGCUGAACUGCAGAGGACAGUAGUUACCCUUUUGGCCAGAGACACAUCCUCACCUAUUGCUGUGGACUCUGUUACAGCCAUUCCACUUGAUGUGUGGGAUCUGGAUUUCAUUGCUCCAAGCAUUCUUUGUACAACUCAAGGCAAUGUUUGUAUUCCCACAUCAUACCCCAUUCCCAAAGGAGCUGUUACAAUUGAGGUUCCAGAUGCCAGUGUUCCUGAUCAACCACAGCCUCCAAACAAACAGGAUCCAAAAGCAAAACUACAGUACUUGGGUGAAGGGAUCCAUUCUCUGUCAAGUAAUGGGCUUAAGGAAGGGAGAUAUGCAGCCAUUGUUCACUAUUAUCAGCCAAAGCAUUCUUCAUUUGAGUCCCAAGUGAAAGUCACCAGCGAUCGUGCAGUGGAAGGGUCCAUCAAAUUCCAUUACUGCCCUCAUGCAUCAGGCUGCAGAUCAGUUAUCAAGGACUUGGCUGGUUCACCAUUCUUUGAUAUUGAACGAAAAACUGUUGCACUGGAGUUUGAGAUUCCAAUGAACUCAUCAACAUGGAUAGACUAUGUUCUGCUUGUUCCUCAAAAUGUAUUCACUGGGGACCUGCAAGAAGAUGCUCCAGUCCCCUUGUCUCAGGAUUUCCUUGAUUCAUGCAGCAAAGAUGACUUCUUCAUAAAAACCUCAGAUCCAAAGUUUUGUAAAGAUUCGGUGUUUUCACUCACAACAAGCUUCAAUAAUGGAAGUCUUCCUUGUGACUGUAACCCUAAGGGAUCUGUUGACAACAACUGUGAAACAUUUGGUGGACAGUGCCGUUGUCGUCAGAAUGUAAUUGGGAGAACCUGCAAUAGGUGUAAGACAGGGUAUUAUGGCUUCCCUGAAUGCAAAAGAUGCCGUUGUGUUUUCUGUAAUGAGAUCACUGGGGCCUGUGAUUGUCCAAAAAACACCGUUGGGCCAAACUGUGAAUUCUGCCUGCAAGGAACCUGCUGUUACGACCCCAUCCUUGGUUGUGAGGACUGUGGCUGUGAGAGGUUUGGUGUGGUUGGUAACAAUAUAGCAUGCAAUCCUAACACAGGGCAGUGUAACUGUAAACCAUCUCACACUGGGAAGAAAUGUAAAAAGUGUGCUGUUGGAUAUUUUAACUAUCCUUUGUGCCAGAAAUGUGAAAGUUGUGAUCCCAGAGGAGUUGACAGUAGGAUAUGUGACAGCAAUGGUGGAACAUGCUUUUGUAAGCCUGGAGUCACUGGACCACGCUGUGAUAAAUGUGCAGCUGGACGUUUCAAUCUAGAUGCUAACAAUCCAGAUGGCUGCUCUAAGUGCUGGUGUAAUGGCCUGUCUAAAGUUUGUGAUAGUGGCAAUAAGUACUGGUCCAAAAUUAAUACCAUGGACAAUUGGAAGUUAGAGAACAGUCCAGCUAUUGUGGUUAAAAUUGAUGAAACUAAACUCUCUGCCUCAGUAAGCAGCCAAAGAGAUGAAAAAGGCAAACCAAUCUACUGGAUAGCACCCAUGGAAUACCUUGGACAAAAGAUUUCAUCUUAUGGUGGCAAACUGAUGUACACAAUCAGUUAUGAAGUACCACAAGGAGAAAGUUCACCAGUCUUGACAAUGAAACCUGACAUUGUGAUUGAGGGUAAAAAUGGCAAAGUGCUCUUGUUCAAAAAGCAGUUGGAACUUUCUCCGGGACAGACAUCAGCGAUUGAGGCACAGUUUUUGGAGUAUCUUUGGGAGGAUACCAGUGGAUCCAAUGUAAGUAGGGAUGACUUCAUGUCAGUUUUUCAUGACAUAAAAUCGCUGAAGCUGAGGGCCUCAUACAGCACAGUGGUUUCAGACGUCAGGCUCAGUGAUGUUGAAAUGGAUGUUGCAGUAGAUGAGCCUGUUGACGGAGCAAUGAGAGCAAUGAGUGUAGAAAAAUGUGAAUGUCCAGUGAAAGCUACAGGAGAUUCCUGUGAGCUUUGUGGAAAAGGUUAUACUAGAGCUCCAGAUAACACUUCCUGUGUACGCUGCAACUGUUUUGAUCACUCAGAGGACUGUGAUGGAGAAAGUGGAGAAUGUUACAGUUGUUUGCACAACACCACAGGGCCAAACUGUGAAGUCUGUGAACCUGGUUUCUAUGGUGAUGCCACCACAGGCACCCCACUGGACUGCAAUAUAUGUGAAUGCCCCCUAGGAAUAGUGUCAAACAGCUUUGCAACUGAAUGCUCCCUGAAUUCUGUCAAUGACCUCAUUUGCACUUGUAAAGAAGGAUAUGUUGGACAGAGGUGCAACAAGUGUGCUGAUGGUUUCUAUGGUGACCCUUCUGAUCCUGGUGACUAUUGUAAGAGGUGUGGUUGCAGUGGUAAUAUUGAUUACAACGUCAAUGGAAGUUGUGACUCCCUGACAGGAGAGUGUCUCAAAUGUAUCAAUACUGCAACAGGAGACCAGUGUGACCGCUGUUUGAAUGGUUACUAUGGUGAUGCAGUUGUUGCAAAGAACUGUGCAAGAUGUGCUUGUAAUGAUUGUGGCACUGUAACUGCAGUUUGCAAUCAUACCACUGGGUCUUGCAUGUGUAAACCCAAUGUCAUUGGGGAAACCUGUGACAGCUGCAAGCCCAAUACCUGGAACUUUGACAGCUGUUUGGGGUGUGAAGAUUGUGACUGUGCACCAGCAUCACUAUCAACAUCAUGUGAUGUGAAAACAGGUCAGUGUGAAUGUCCAGAGGGCGUGACGGGAAGGAGGUGUGACAGAUGUAAGGCAGGGUACUUUGAAUACACAAAGAAUGGCUGUCGUGCAUGCACCUGUGAUAAGGGAGAAGACAACUUGUUCGGCUUUUGCGAUGUGAAUACUGGUCAGUGUUGUAAGCCAGGAGGGAACUGUACCAUUUGUCCUGUGAAUUACAUCCUAACUUCAGAGGGCUGUCAAUAUUGUGGUGAAUGUGUUGGACGUCUCCUGAAAACAGCCACUGAACUGGACCGUAAUCUUUCCUUGGCUCUCAAGGCUGUAAAACAGGGAACAGCUGGAAUUAUUGCUGAAGGACGAUUUUCAGACCUAAAUGAAACUUUGCAAAGGUUAAUUCCACCAACUAAUGAAUAUAAUUCAACUAUGGAAGAACUGUCCAAGGUAGUUGGAAUGUCAUUGGUAAAUGCAGCUGCAAACACAAGUUCUGGAGAUGUUGAUGAGGAUAACAAUCUCAUUAAGAGGACAGACAGUAGUGAAGAAACAGGAAACAAUGUAACAACAAUGGUAAUGAUGAUAACAGACCAAGCAAAAAGGGCUUUGGAAACUUCCACGUCUACAAAGGAAGAAGCUCUUGAAUUAGAAGAAGAAAUUCGUAAGGCCCUUAAUCGAACUUAUGACAUCAUAGUUAUGGCAGAGAAAAUAGCUAAAAGCUUAAAGAAUGAAAAGGCAAACCAAACUUUGUUGUUAGAAAAAGCUGAAGAAAUCUUAAAGGAACUUUUGGAAAGAGACUUUGAAUCUGCUAAUAAUACAAUGGUUGAAGAGCGUGAACUGGUGAUGGCUACUAUCGAAAGAGCAAAAGAAUAUUUGAAUGACACAACAAGUUUAUUAAGCAAAGUUAUGGAUGUGAACAAAACUCUGGAUGAACUCUUUGGUAAAUUUAGUUCAAUUGUGGAUGAGUCCAACAGAGUUUUGGAAAAUGUCAGCUAUGCUUUGGGUUUAAACAAUAUCAGCAAGACUUACGACUCACAGACACCCAUGAAAGAAGCAGUGGGUUUAAAGAAAGAGGUUGACACUGCCUUGAAUAACCUGGAAGGUGUGAUACAGACUGCUAAGGAUAAAGUACAAAAUUCCAGUACUUACCUACAGGACUUUAAUGAAAGUUUUCCUCGCCUUGAUGAUCUUAUUGAAAAGGUAGAUGAAAAGAUGGCCAAUCUUUCUCAAAUCCUGGACGAUUUAAAUCCUUUAGUUGAUAUGGCUCAGAAUCAUUCGGAAGAACUGCGUAAGCAGGCUGAUGACCUAGAAAAGCUGCUGACAGACAUUGAGUUUGCGCGCAAAGCUUACAAUGCGUCAGAAAGAUAUUCCAACAUUGCUAAAGCAUUAAAGGAAGCAUUAGCCAUUGCCCAAGAAGCUGAGAAAAUUGCCAUGAAAGCCAAAAAUGAGUCCCAAUCUCUCAGCAACAGAGCAGUGAAAUCACUGAAUGUGAGUGAAGUGUUAAAUGAGACUGUGUCAAGCACUGAGGAUAAAGUGGACAAUGAACUGUUAGACCUACUGAAUGAUGUCAAGACUAGGCUGGCACUUAUCAAAGCUAAAAUCAGAAAUGUCUCCAUGGAUCUCCUUGAGGUAGACUCAAAUUUUCCUAAAUUACAGGAACUGACAGAUCUCAUGGAUGGGAAAGGUCGUGAACUUGGGGAGAAUGCAACAGAUUCAAAAACCAGAGCAGACGAUGCAAGGAAGAAAGCUGAAGACAUUAAGGAUCAGCUGAGUGACCUAUCUGGGCUAAGGGACUCUAUUGUCGCGACAAACAGCAACAUAACAGAAGCUGAAAAACAAGUGAUGAAUGGUUUAAAUAUGUCUUUGGAAAUUAGAGAGAAAGUGCUGAUUCAGGAAAAACGACACCAGCAGAUUCUUAACGAGUUGGACUCUGAGGUGUCGCGACGUUUAAUGGACAUCAAAAAUAUGAUGAUUAAGGCAAAUAAUCUGCUCAAGUUCACCACACCUGUUAUGAAGUUUGAUGGGGAGGCUACAAGUUCACCAAUAUUACCUCCUGCUAUGAAGCAGGAAGUUAGAGCUAUGAACAUCUUGAUGUAUUUGAACCCUGAUAAGCCCGAUGGCUUGGUAAUGUUCCUGGGAGAUGCAGAAGGCACCAGCACUCGUCGCCAAAAACGUCAGUCUCAGGAAUCUGACUGCAAGACGGAUUACAUAGCUGUGCAGUUGAAGGAAAGGAAACCACAGUUGAAGAUAUGCACAGCAGUUAAGGGACUUGUGGAGAUUGGGGUGAAAGAUAACGAUUUUGAGAUGGAGACUACCGGCAAUGUCUGGUAUAAGCUUGAAGUUGACAUGGCCGGAGAUUGGGCAAGUCUUACAAUUAAGUACUUUGUUAAUAAAAAAGAGGAGAUUGUAAUAGGGCGGAGGUCAUUAAAACUGGAUAAUCCCAAAAUAGUAUUCAACGAGGACAGUGAUUUGAUUGUUGGUGGUGUUCCUGCGAAAAUGAAACUGCCAUCUAAAGUUGAAGCGGUUAAUUAUACAGGAUGUAUUGAUGGCCUGGAAAUGAAUUAUCAUUUUGUAGGAUCAUGGAACACCGAGAUUCUUGAGAAACCUUCGAAAAAUGAAGUGUGUCCCUCGCGUAAGGGUGCCACAGAAUUUGCUGUGGAUGAAGAAAACGCACCCAGAACUUUCUUUGGUACUGGUUAUGUCAAGUCUGGACCGUAUCAAGAGGAUGAUCCUAUGGGAACCUUCGAUCUAAAAUUUAGAACAACUUCCUCAAAUGGAAUCUUGGUUAUUGCCAUUGAUGAUGAUGAUGCAUCUCUUUUCCAGGCCCUUGAGUUAAUUAACGGGCGCGUUGUUCUCUCUUACAAUAUGGGUCAUGGAUACAGAAAGCUGACUUCCACAAAGUUGUAUGACAAUGGAGUGGAGGUCACCAUUGUAAAGAGGGAUUUUGAUAGAAGAGGUUUCAAGUUUUCAUUAAGUAUUACAUCCGAAGACGGCAAGAGUGAGGUGCUUGCCGACGGUAAAUCGUUUUACAAGGAUCGACGCCCCAGGUUUGUGAAUGCUGACUUCGUAUACUGGGGAGGCAUGGAGAACAGAACUGCCAUUCCUGUGAACGUGACCAAAAGCUUUUUUAAAGGUUGUCUGUCUGAUAUGAAGUUAUCCACCGGUGAAAUCAGAGUUCAGCCCAGCCCAGGAUACAUUUUUGGGUGUAAAGUCAAGCCAGCACAUAAUGUGACAUUCCUUGGAGCAACGAGCUACCUUGCUAUAGAACCAUUUCUGGGUCAGCAAAGAAGAGGUUUUAAUAUUGGGUUGUCCUUCAGAGUUGACCACAAAACUAAAAAUGGGCUUAUUUUCCUGGAGACUCAUGGUCAAGAAUUGGAUUUUAUUGCCUUGGGCUUGAUUGACGGAAAGCUGCGAUUUUCAGCCAGCCCUGGAAACAGAGCUGUAUCUGUAACGAGUAAAGCUGAAUACAAUGAUGGAAAAUGGCAUUUUGUACUCGUUCGUCAGAUUGGUAUAGGGAUUUCUCUGCGUGUGGACGAUGAGGAUCCAGAAGUAACAGUAUUUGAAAACGUGAUGCAGCAGUUGAUUCAGACCACUAACGAUAUGUAUCUGGGAGGAAUCCCUGAAAACUACAUGGAUACUGUUAGAAUUAGCAAUAUUGACAAUGUUAUUCUCAAUUCUCUGAAGGGCGGCUCCAUCCGAGACUUGACUUUUGAUCAAACACUGUUUGACUUCGAAAAGUAUAAGAGGAGAAGAAAUGUCAUAUUUGAUAAUGAUGAUUACUCAGAACCGUCGCCUAAGCUGGACAUAAUUGAGAAACCACCAGAUAUUGGGGAAAUGACCACAACAACCAGCCCUCCUCCGUCCACAACCACAGGUCCCCCAACAACAACAACAUCAACACCAACAACAACAACAACAACAACAACAACACCACCUCAAGUGUGUCAAGUGCCAGAGAAACCAGCACAAGAGAAUGGAACUGGAGUGUUAGGAUUUGGUUAUGAUCUCAAUAGUCAUGCAAUGUAUACUGUGACUGGAAAUAAAGUUCUCUCCAAGUUAAUCAGUUCGACGACUGAUUUGAGCUUUGAUUUCCGUGCUUCAAAUCCGGACGGAAUCAUUUUAUAUACCGCAAUCGAUAACGACAAGCAAGCGGACUUUAUUGUGUGCAAUUUGCUAAAUGGGAAUGUGUCCUGUGGCUUUAGCGCCGGAGGGGGUAUCCUGCGGCUCACCUCACCUGAUGCAGUUUACAGUGAUGGCACUUGGCACACAGUACAACUCACGCGCGAUGGGGUGGACGGCACGCUUUUCGUGGAUGGUACACUUGUUAUGACUGGAGCCGCCGCUGGCUCUCCUAAGUUUAUCAAUGGACUCAAGGAGCUGUACCUAGGAGGCACUCCACAGGGUUUUGAUGCAAAGCGAGUCACGGUUGGUGCACGUGCAAGUUUCCCAGGAUGCAUCAGGAACGUUAAAGUCAAUAAUGACGAUAUUGGUGAACCUUCAAGUCUAAUCAAGGUUCAAGAUUGUUACAUAGACAGUCCUACUUCAGGAGUCAGCUUUGACAUGGGUGGUGGAUACCUGCAAGUUGCCAAAACUUACACUGUGGGAAUGGAUGAAGUGAUCUCCAUGGAAAUAAAACCAACGUCUCACACGGGUCUUCUGUUAUCAUCUUCAAAUUCCAAGGGAGACUACAUUGUGUUAGAGAUUAUUCGCGGAAACGUGAUCUUCCGGGCAGAAAAUGGCGGGGGGCAGCUGGUGGUGGAGAAUACUGCCGAGGAUCCUCUUCGACUCUGUGACGGACAGUGGCACAAGAUUAGGGCCUGGAAAGAAGGGAAUUUGGUGAAACUUCAAGUUGACGAAGGAACAAUACUGGAAGGUGAAAGAAAAGGAUCUCAAACCAACGCAAAUAUCUACGACCCUCUGUAUGUCGGAGGUCUCCCAGCGGGUGUAGAGGCUAAAGGUGUGACGGCUACCGAGAGGUACACGGGUUGCAUACGUAACUUGGAGUCUAAAGAUAGAAAUGCAGCGAAGUCUCUGAAGCUUGCCAAUCCUGUGGAAUUAGGUGGAAAUGUUUACCUUGGAGGCUGUCCUUACAACUAAUGAACUAUUUCCUUCACUAUCUCCCAUUUGUCUAUUCAAUUAGUUUGUGGUUUAAAGGCAAAAGGCUCAAAGGUUUUGUUAAUGUUUUAAACCAAUUUUUUAUAAUUUUUUCACUUUCCUAUCACGAAGUAGUUUAAAAAACUAUGCCAGUCUAGCGAGAUGUGUUUCUUAGAUACUGGCGUAAAAAGAUUAAGAAUUCAUUUGAAUUCCUAACACAGCAUUUUAUCUUGAUAACAUGUUACUUUCAUGUUGGGAAUAAAAAUCUUACUUCA